AUGUAUGCAAAAAGUAUUGAAUUUCAAAAAAUCAAGGAUAAAAAUUUUUGUNAAUCUCGAUUUAAAGGAAAGAUGACAGUGAUGAACAAAGAUGGAGUUAUUGGAAUGGUAAAUAAGCCUUCUUUGCCUAUUGUUAAGAACAAUCAAUAUAUUUAAGAAAAUGAAGACUUAUCUCCCAUAAAAAAACAGACUAAUUUAUAUACUGAAGGAAUCAGAGAAACUAAAUCUCAUGUUUUUACUAAUAUUUAGAUUUCUCCAAAAUAAAGAAAUUGCACUAAAUAUUCCUAGAAAUUUUGUAAUACAGGAAACUAAGUUAUAAAAUCAACCCAAAAUGCAACUGAGCAAAAAUCCUACAUAGAUGAUAGAUAUAAAUAAUUAAAAAAUAUACCAUUAAGAAUAUAACCAGAUUUUAAUCAAAUAGACAUGGAUGAGUAUGAAAUAGUUGCCAUUCCUAAAACUAUGUUGGGAUAAUUAAAUUAAUAAAUGAGUGUAGAUAGAUAUGCUCUGACUCAUAGUUUUGUACCAGACAAAAAAUAAUUCUUUGAGUAUCAUUUAUUGACUUUUUAGAUUUUAAUAGUACUCACCAUCAUCAGUUAAUACUCAAUAUACUUAAAAUAAUUUAACUCCUCUUUUGAAGAAACAAUACACUAUUGAUUCAAUGGAUAUGCAGCAAAAAUCAACACUUAAUAAACAGAUAAAUGAGAAAUUCGAGAAAAAUAAUAAAAUCAUUUAACAAGCUGGAAUUGGAACGCUUGGAUACAAGUAAUCUAAUAUAUCUUAUCUUACUAGUUCCUAUACCAAAAGAUGA